AUGGGUAAAGUAAAAUCUAAAAAGAGACAUCGCUCGUCAUCUGAAUCAUCAAGUUCUACUUCGAGUAGUUCCGAUUCAGAUCGUGAGAGUAGAAAGAAACUACGCAAAUUGAAAAAGAAAUUGAAAGAAGCUCAAAAGAAAACCAAGAAGAUUUUAAAGAAAAAACUGAAAGAAGAGAAAAAAAAACUUAAAAAGAAAUCGCGUGAGGACCGAAGUCGAAGUCAUGAUGAAAAACCAAAAGAUGAAGGACCAUCAUCAGAUAUUCCUUUAGAAUUAAUGGAGAAGUCUAAAGCAAUGGCUCCUAUGACCAAGGAAGAAUGGGAAAAACGCCAAAGUGUGAUUCGUAGGGUCCAAGAUGAAGAAACUGGCAGAUACAGAUUAAUAAAAGGAGAUGGAGAAGUUUUAGAAGAAAUAGUGUCACACGAUAGGCAUAAACAGAUAAAUCGACAAGCGACUAUGGCUGAUGGAGAUUUCUUUCAAUCACAAACUGUUGAAAAACAAAGGAUCAAA